UGUGCGCGAGGCGGCGGCGCGUGGCAGCGGCGGGCGCGGAGGGAGCGCGGGCCCCGCCAUGACCGACUUCAAGCUGGGGAUCGUGCGGCUGGGCCGGGUGGCCGGCAAGACCAAGUACACGCUGAUCGACGAGCAGGACAUCCCGCUGGUGGAGAGCUACUCCUUCGAGGCUCGGAUGGAGGUAGAUGCUGAUGGAAAUGGUGCUAAAAUAUUUGCUUACGCGUUCGACAAAAACCGCGGCAGGGGAUCCGGGCGCCUGCUGCAUGAGCUGCUCUGGGAAAGACACCGGGGAGGGAUUGCUCCUGGAUUUCAGGUGGUGCAUCUGAAUUCAGUCACUGUGGACAACCGCCUAGACAAUCUGCGCCUGGUUCCUUGGGGUUGGAAACCCAAAGCUGAAGAAAUCUCUAGUAAACAAAGGGAACAAAGCCUGUAUUGGCUGGCAAUCCAGCAGCUUCCCACAGACCCUAUAGAGGAGCAGUUUCCAGUGCUGAAUGUGACCCGGUAUUACAACGCUAACGGGGACGUUGUGGAGGAGGAGGAGAACUCGUGCACAUACUAUGAAUGUCACUACCCCCCGUGCACAAUGAUUGAGAAGCAGUUACGUGAGUUCAACAUCUGUGGCCGCUGCCAGGUCGCCAGGUACUGUGGGUCCCAGUGCCAGCAGAAGGACUGGCCUGCUCACAAGAAGCACUGUCGGGAGAAGAAAAGGACCUUCCAGCAAGAGCUCGGACCAGAACGAUGACCGGGUGGCAGAGGCCUCUUAGCAGCAGGAUUCCUUCUCAAAGGCAUUGGACUCUUGCUUUUGCACAGUAAUGACAGACUGCUUAGUGAAGCCAGAGGCACUGAAGAAUUAAAAAAAACCAACCAACCCUGUGAUGCUUGAGCAGAAUGGCUGACUGGACUAAGCCAGCUCUGACUGGUGCUGUGGAAAGGGAUUGGGUCUACCCUUCCAGUAUUAUAUUCUCAAGCAAAAAGACUACUGUGGAGGCUCCAGGCAGGAAGCUUCUCAUUAUUUAUAUGUUAAUACAUUUGUAAACUCAUGUACAGUUUUUGUUAGAAAUUCUUGAUAGGACUCAUUAACUGUAACGUUCAGAUGAGAACACGUUGUUGGCCUGAAAGUUUAACAAAAAAACAAACAAAAAAAGUAAUGUAGCAAAAGCUUUUCCUCCUGUGUGGCUAGAGGUGUCUGUGGCAGUGCCAGGGCAGGAGGCUCCAACAUCAGCAGGACUCUGCAUGGAAGUUAUACUUAAAAAAAACCAAAAAAACCCAACAAAAAAUAGGGGCAAACAAAGUAAAAGUCAGAAUGAAAUGGUGUCUGCUCUUUAGCUUUCUCCCAUUCCCUUCCAGCUGCUCUCAGAGCAGCCACACGAGGAGGCUGGAAAUCCCUGCUAGGUGGGAAGCAGAGCAGCAGGAGCUGGAGCAGAGGGUGGGGAAGCCCCUGGGGUCUGUGCAGGCAGGCUGAGCAUGGGCUGCUGGAGAGCCUGCCCCAGCAAUCCUGGGAAACCUGAGUUAGCUUUCUUCUUGUGAAAUAACCUUUUGUGGCUCAAGAAGCUGUCGGGAAGCUCAGGCAGGUGUGUGGAUGUGGGGGCCCUCGUGGCUCUCGUAAGCAGAGUAAACACCCCAGUGACCUGCAGAGAUGUUGAAGUGACCUAAUAUUUGGUAAUUUGAGUUAUUUAUUCACUGAAGAGAUGCCAUCAAUCCAAGAAACACUUUUGUAUUAUUUUUUUGCAAUGUAGUAAUGAGUAAAAAUAGUAUGGGGUGAGGAUUUGGCUUGAAGAGUGCACACCUGUUAUUCCAUUCAGACACUUUUUAAUGUAUAAUCUGAAAGAUUUUUCUUUUCCAUUUUUGCCUUAGAAAUACAAGGAGUAUCAGCUGAGUUUCCUGAAGAACUAAAGGGAUGAUUUAGUGCCAGGUGUUAGUCUUACUUCACAGUAGAAUGUGAGCUGCUGAAUGUUUAAUACAGAGCCUUUCUUGGAGUGCUUAGUGAAAUAGGUAUUUAUUUUUUUUUUUUUGUAAAAGCCAUUAAGAAUUUAAUUUUUCAAUCAGGAUUCACUUUGCCACUUCAUGUUGCAAUGUUGGUCUUGCUUGUAUUCAAUUUGUUAGAAAAACUGAACUGCUGUGGACUUCCAAUAUUACAUUAUGUUUCUAAUAUCUGCA